GCCCAGACCGUCAGCGAGAGGAAGAGGCCAGAACGGCAGGGUGAGGCGGCGAGACGGUUUAGCGGUGAGUCAGGCCCGGGGUGCAGCCUAGGAUUCCGAACGUGGGUGUCGUCAGAGCCGAGCGAGCGUUGGGGCUCCGGAGCAGCCGUUUGCUGUCCCCGCGGACGCAGCCGUUCGCCGACCGGGAGGACGCGGCCCGGAGAGGCCUGCAAGGCCUAGCGCGGCCCGCCGAGCCGGACGAGCCUCUGCCGUGAGUACAGCCAGCGCCCUCCGCACGGUCGCUUUACCGACUAAGAUGGAGGAGAUUUCGUUAGCCAACCUGGAUACUAGCAAGCUGGAGGCCAUCGCCCAGGAGAUCUAUGUAGACCUGAUAGAGGAUUCCUGCCUGGGCUUCUGCUUUGAGGUGCACCGGGCAGUCAAGUGUGGCUACUUCUACCUGGAGUUCGCAGACACUGGCAGCGUGAAGGAUUUUGGCGUCCCGCCAGUGGAAGACAAAGGAGCCUGCCGCCACCCGCGUUGCCCCCUUCCUGGAGACUCUGACCCCGGGCCCCAGCCCGAGCUGCAGCGCUCACCUCCAGAAUUCCAGUAGUACGCACGACAUGAGGGAGGGCGACCAGGACAAUAAUACAGACUGGUCCCGUGGCCUGGAGGAGUAAGCUGAGUUGAA